UCGCAUUCAUUUCCAAAAUGUCUGCGGCCAUGUCACCGGUGAAAACAGCUUUUCUGAUUUUUGUUGCAUUUACGGCCGUGUAUUGCGGUAAUUACAAACCUAUAGAGGUGGAAAUAAAGACAAAUGAAGGGGGCGUGCCACUGAAAAUAUUUUCAGCCGAAGAGAUCGCAAAAUAUGAUGGAACAGACCCAGAGAAACCAAUAUACUUGGCAAUGAAAGGUGUGGUGUUUGAUGUUACUUCAGGGAAAUCAUUUUACGUCAAGCAGUCUGAUUACAACGUUUUGGCAGGUAAAGAUGCUAGUCGUGCUCAUGCACUCUGGUCCCUUGAUGAAAAAGAUCUGACCCAUGAUCUGACUGGACUUGAUGAUGAACAGCUCAAAGGACUGGACGACGUAUACACAGGCACUUACCUGGCAAAAUAUCCCAUAGUCGGUUAUAUGGACCAUCUGAUAGCCAAGCAGUCCGACGAUAUCAAGAAAAGAUUCACAAAUGAUGAAUUGUAAUCUCAAGUAAUUUGUUAAACCGUAAAUUGUUAUUGAGAUUUGUUCAUAUAUAUAUACUCAAUAUGUGACAGAAUGUUGAAAUAUUUAGUAGAAAAAAAUCUCGUAUUCUGGUUCUGUGCUAUACAGUACUGGAAUAGCAUAACAUGACUGUAUAUCUACUCUCUCUCUGAAACAGCAAUUUGCCAUUGUUGUUACCAUUCCUCCACCUCCUCCCUGCCUCUGUAAUUUGUUUUCUUUCAGUUCAGUUACAUGUUUCUUUGACAGCUCUUGUUUAUACCCUGUCCUUUCCUGCUUUAGGACUAGCAUAUGAUGCCCAAUGCGGUAGAGCUCUUGUUUCUUAUUGCCUAGUCCAGUACAGACCUGUUUCUCAUGAUGUGUAAUUUCUUUAAAACCACUAAAAUAUCAAUAAGAAAACUAAUGCUGUUUUUUUAUUUUCAAGGCAAGUUCGAUAUUUCUGUAUUGACUUGAAUUUGAAAAGUGAUAAAUGUUAACUACAAUUUCCAGUAAAUAUGUAUUUUUGCAAUGGCCUGCAAAAAUAUUAUUGGGCAGUUAAGACAGGCUUUGAAUCAAUGGCAGAGCUGUAAUGAAAACAGUUGUGUAUUAAUAGUAUAGUAUGAAAUGGUACUUUUUACUGCUAGUGUUUACUGUUAGUAUAAUAGUUUUAACUAUGUUGUUAAGUAGCUUAAUAGUUAACCAGAUUUUAUUUAACAUUGUUUUGUUAUAAUUAGUGAUACAGUUAAAGUUUCAUAUAUAUUUUACAGUUUCAAACAGCAUUUUGCCUGUAUUGUCAAGCCAGACUUUAUUUUUUAAGUUUUUUGUUAUCUAGCUUUGGCCAUGCAAAUAUUAACUUAAAUAUGGCAAACAUACAAAUAGUACGGCAGUUAUGCAAUAAGAAAACCGUGCAAUACAUGUUACAUAAAUUUGGCAAGCAAUAGGUGAUUUACUUGCAUAUGGCAUAUCAAUUUUAGCUUGCAUCUUAAUGUCCAGAAAUGGUGUAUGGUUGAUUCAAAGAAGAGCUAACUCACUAUAAUGUCACACUUUUCAUAAAAAAACAAUUCAGGUGUUGUUAGAAUGAAAGUUAUACUGAGCCAUUUAUAUGAUACAUGUACAUAUAUCUUUAAGAAUCUCAAAAGUGGAAACUCCGUAUUUUAAAAAUGUCUUUGACCAUAGGAGAUUUUUAGCAAAUGGUUGGUCCAUUUUUAGUUAAAAGUUGGUUCUGAUUGUGUCGCUCCAGUUUGUGUCAUUGUUUAGAUAUGGCUGCAUUGGAAAGAUACAACAUUAAACUGUCAUACUUCUGUAUUUCAGACUUGUUGAUGUAUAAAAUAAUAGAAAUUUAUAGAAAGAAAUUUAUGACAUGUAUAUUUUAAUUGUUUCAACUCCACUGCCAUUUCGAAUUACAUAUCGAGUUUAUUUUGCCCCCAUUCAAGGAAGGAAUGUAUUGUUUUGCUCAUGUUGAUCUCUCGGUAGUUGAACACAUUGGUUUUCAGUCCAAAACUAGAGAAGGCUUUAAUCAAACAACAAAAGGAUUGCCUGUGGUCAGUAGAUAACCCCUGUUAUUUUUCUGAUCAUAAGGUCCGUGAAAAGGGUUUCUGAUCAAUGAUUGGAGACUACUUCGGUCUACAGUGGUCAAAAUUCAUAAAAUGAUUGUGUGUGGUCACUAGAUGACCCGUCUGCUUGGGAGGUCAGUAUGUUAAAGGUGAAGGUCACAGUUUUCGAUCACAAACUCGAAAAUGCUUUGACCUCAGACUGUCAAAUAUCAGACAGUAUGGUUGUUUACAUUUGUUUUUGUGGUCAUUAAGCCAGUUGAUUUAGACUGAAAAUAAUACACUGUCAUCCUAAAGUGCAUGUGUUUUGCAAACAGGGUUUGUUUUAGCAGUAUAUGCAGAAAGAGGUUUAUAUUGUAACAACGAAAACAGAUACCCUUGUUGUCCGAAAUGUUAAAAUGUUGGCCGUACUUUUAAGACGCAUCCAUUCAUGUGUUCUAGAAGUUCUGCAUACUUUACUUAACUGCUGUAAGUCCCAUCCUGAUAACCAUAUAGGGGAAAUUUCAGUGCCAUGUAAAGUCAGUUUAAUGUUAUUGCAUAGAAUGUGUGAUAAACUCAAAACAUUCCAGAUCUGAAUCGAUUGUUUUUGUAUGAAUAAAAAAAUAUUCUGUACCAUAUUUGAUGUUGUAUUUAUAGUAUGUUACUUUAUAAUCAUGACCAACUUCAAGUACACAAUUGCUGAUUUAAGAUGGUUAUGAAAUGCUAUUAAUGUUUUUGUAUUUUUAUAUAUGCAGAUUUUUAGUGGUUGCCAUAGUUAAUCAGAUGCAUUAUUUUAUGUGGUCUUUUUGUCAUUUAUAUGUGUGAUGAAAGACAAUAUUUUUAUGAAUGUUUUGCCAGGAACUAAAUGGUAAAUUUCACUGUGUUAUUAAGGCAUAUAUUUUUUUAAAGUAUGUGAUAUUCAGUGUACCUAGGUACAUGUAUACUUAACUAUGCACUUUAAUAUUAGACAGAUUCUACUAGAACCAGAGGAAUUGAUGCAAAAGCUCUAUUUGUUAAACAUUCUUGUAGUUUUUGAUGCCCCUUGGCAUAUAGCGAUUGGACUCUCUGUCAGUUAGUACAUCCGUCCAUCCUUACCAUAUUUACUGUUUGCCUACAUCCCUGAAUUCUUGACCCGCUUUAGACCAUAUUCACACUCGACAAUCCUUGUGGCAAGACCAUAUAUAAAUGAAUUUGACCUCAUAUGACCUUCGCUUUCAAACUUAAAACCUUAAUAUAAAACAACAUUUUUGGUCCUACAGCACACAUAAAUGAUCCAGUUUAGUUCAUACUCACAUUCGCUAAAUGUUAUGGCAAGCCGUACGAACUGACCUAUAUAUAAAUAACCUUGACCUCCAUGUGUUUUUCACCUUUAAACUGAAGACCUCAAAAAACAACAUUUUUGGUCUUACACCCAGGGGCAUGAUUUUGCGCUCCUUGUUUCAAAAAUACAAUUAGCUUACCUCAGCGUUUAGGGAUUUUCUUUCUAUAGUUAGAAAACAUUUUUAUUUGUUAGUUCCUGUGUUCCGAAAGUCUGACGGCAAUGAAAGAAAGUGCAGAGCACAAUCAUGAAAGAUACCUUGAAUAUUGAAUAUUUUUGCUACGUAUUUGUGUAACUAUUGAAAGAAAUGUAAUGGUAUAUGGUAUUCAUAGAUGACAAUCAGCAGAAAUUUGUAACAAAAAGCAUAACUGAAGCAUUAUAAAUUACUGAUUUAUCAAAUUAUGUUAAUGGAUUUAAGCAAACAUGGUAGCAGUGAUAGUCCACAGAAAGUAUUAGGUGGCAGGGAGACACCAGUUGUGAAAGAAAAUCUUAUCAGAUAUCAAAUGUGUUGUGAAAAAAUGUAAAUCAAAGUACUUUAUAAUUCUAUAAUAAAACAAAGAAAUA